AUGUAUAGGUCAAGGAUUUUGAUCUCCAGUGCUACGUUCGUGAUAUGUUUCUCAGCUGGUGUUCCUUCCUCAACCUCUCCCUUCUUCAACUUCUCUACCUUCCCAAACGAUGUCUUUGUGUCCGAUAUCAUUCUUCAAGGCAAUGCAUUUAACCGCAAUGGUGGCAUCGAGCUCACCAAGUACACCUUAAGCGGAAUGGCCACUAGGAGUGCGGGCAGAGCGAGCUACAAGGAGCUUUUCCUCCUUUGGGAUGCGCAAACCAAGCAGCUGUCAGAUUUCACCAUCCGUUUUGUCUUCGACAUCAGGCCUCAGUGGCAGAAUUUUACAGGCGAUGGCCUCGCUUUCUUCUUGUCGGCGCCGAUGUACACUGUUCCCAACAAUUCCUUUGGUGGAAGCCUGGGCCUCUUUACUUGGCCGUCUCAUCUUCCCAUAUCGCCAGAGAACACAGCGGUGGUGGUCGAGUUCGAUACAUUCCCGAAUGUUAAGAUCCUUAAUGACCUGUGA